AUGAUGUUUUUGAUGUUUCUGAUGUUUGUUAGUGAUGUUUAUGCUGUCUGCUGCCCAUUUUCCAUCCCGUGUGUGCCCAGACCGCUUCCCCUGCCCAUCCCAAGCUUCCUUUCCUCCCCAUCCCUCUCUCCCCAGAUUUCCCACCAUGGAGAAGUUCGGGAUGAACUUCGGUGGCGGCCCCAGCAGGAAGGAGCUGCUGGAGACCAUCGAGACACAGAAACAGCAGCUCCAGCGCUUCCAGGCGCGCCUCAAGGAUGUCGUCCUGGCCUACAAGAGCCUCCUGAAGGAGAAGGAAGCUCUGGAGUCCAGCCUGAAGGUGCUGUCCGUGCCCCCCGAGGAGAAGCCGGCGGUGUCACCGCCCGGGGAGCGCCGGGGUGAGGACAGCGACAGCGAGGAGGAGAAACCCUCGGCCGCCCCUUCCCGGGGAGCAGAGGAUGCGAGCGGCUCCGAGAGCGGGGAGCCGUGUCCCGGUGACGCAGAACGGCGCCCGCAGCAGCUGCAAGCCCAGCUGGCCACGCUGACGGCCGCGCUGGCCACGCUGACGCAGGAGAAAUCCCGCGUGGAGGCCUCGUACCGGGCGGAGCGGCUGCAGAUGAGGCGGGAGCUGGAGGAGGCGGCCGGGAGGGACGCGGAGCUGCAGGAGCAGCUGGCCCAGACCCGCGGGCGCCUGGCGGAGCAGCAGCGGGAGCGGGAGCGCGAGCAGGGCGACCACGGGCUGAUGCUGCGCGAGCUGCAGGAGCUGCUGCGCGCCGAGCGCGAGGCGCGCCGCGCCGCCGAGCUGCAGCUGCAGCAGGCCAGGGAUGCGUCGGCCGGCAGCGCCGGAGCCGCCGAGCGAGCCCAGGGCCACCAGGAGCAGCAGCUGAGCCGGGAGCUGGAGGAGCUGCGGAGGGAGCUGCAGGGACUGCGGGAGGAGAACGGCAAAGCCGACCCGCGCAUCCAGGAGCUGCAGGAGGAGAUGGCCGCCCUCAAGAACCACUUCCAGCUGCAGCUGGUGCAGGAGAUGAAGAAGACAGCGCAGGCGGAGGAGCAGCUGCGGCAGCGCUCGCAGCGGGAGGAGCAGCGCGUGGCCGAGCUGGAGGCGCAGGUGGCGCAGGUGUCCGAGCUGCUGGGCACCUACGAGAGGACCAAGCAGAGGGACCAGGCCACCAUCCAGAGGCUCAAGGACCGCCUGCUGCAGCUGGACCUGGAGAACAAAACCUUGGCCAUCGCCGCCUCCAGCCGCUCCCUGGGCGAGGAGGCCGUGGAGGAGACCACCCUGGACGUGUCCGUGCUCAAGGAGAAGAUGGAGAAGCUGCGGAAGCUCCUGCAGGCGGCGGCCGGGAAGGGCCCGGAGCUGGAGCCGGAGGAGCCGCGGGAACCAGAGGAGCCAGCGGAGCCAGCGGAGCCAGCCCCGGGCAGCGGUGACGGGGACAAAGGCACGGGCGGGCACUGCCAGCAGGAGCUGAGGCAGCUGAAGGAGGAGUUUGAGCGCUACAAGGUGAGGGCGCAGCAGGUGCUGAAGAGCAAGGCCAGCAAGGACGUGGGGCUGGCCAAGGAGCUGGAGGAGGCGCGGGAGCAGCUGGCGGAGCUCCGGGACAAGCAGGUGCUGCUGCAGCUGGCGGCGGACGAGGCGCAGGAGCGGCAGCGGCAGGAGCUGGAGGCCAAGCGGCAGGAGCUGCAGCAGCUGCAGCAGCUGCACCGGCAGGAGCUGGAGCGCUGCCAGCUGCAGUUCCGCGAGCGGGCGCUGCGCCUGGAGGAGGAGAUGCACAAGCAGCGGGACCGGGCGCUGGCCGUGCUGGCCGAGAAGGAGCGGGAGCUGGAGCGGCUCCGCGCCCCGGCGCCGCCCCACGGCACCAAGAGCUCCCGGGACGGCGCCUCCGGGGACGUUCCCGGCCGGGAUUCCUCGGAGAUCCUCCCGCAGGAGCUGCAGCCCUGCUCGGGCUCCGAGCCCACCUUCUUCCUGUACGCCGAGCAGCUGGCGCGCAAGGAGGUGGAGAUCGCGGCGCUGCGCAAGCACAAACACCGGCUGGAGGUGCAGCUGCACCAGCUCCAGGGCAGGGCCCUGGCCGAGGAGGACAAGCACCGGGAGGAGGUGGAGGUGCUGCGGGGAGAGAUCCAGAAGAAUUGCCGGGAUAAGAGCAGGGAAGGAGCCAACCUGGAGUACCUGAAGAACGUGGUGUACCGCUUCCUGACGCUGCCGGACGCGCGGGGCCGGCAGCAGACGCUCACCGCCAUCCUGGCCAUCCUCCACUUCAGCCCCGAGGAGAAGCUGAGCAUCGCCAAGAGCUCGGCACACGGCUCCUGGUGGCUCCACGGCAAGAGAUGAGGGUUGGAGUUGGUUCUGUUUUCCAUAAGAGUCGUUCCUGAGGACACCAAAACCUCAUCCCAGGAGCUCUCCGGGGUUUGGGCUCCAGUCACUGUUUUUACAGUGGGAUUGUGCCAAUUUUUCCAGCCCCAAAGCCUCUGCAGGGAGAAUUCGCUCCGAGUUGGGACUUGAUCUGAAAGCCGUGGAAUUGAAGGUGCUGAGGUGUUCUAAAGGUGAUUUAAAAACAAUCCCUACCUCUCAGGCGUGGGAUCGAGUGGAAUUCACUUGGAUCUUCAAGCUCCAGCCAGGCUGGUGACUCAGGAGAUGAAAGGGAAGGUGGAAAGCACUUUAGGUGGAGCUAAAAAGGCACCAGGCCGUGGAAGGCUCGGGAAGAUGGGGAUCAGUGCAGGAAAUCCUGGGAAUUUCCCCCUCAGGUUCUUUUCCAGAGCCAGAUUUGAGCAGUGGAUGCAACUGCAGGCUCUGCCUUCC